CCAUCCUCGUCCUUCGAUUCCUCGAUUCCAUCUCAUCUCAUCUCAUCUGACUCACUCACCUUCCCAUUCAGCCACUCGACUCUAUUUUGCUUCGCAAUCAUUGCCCCUCAGCCUGGUGCUGUUUCCCUUCCCAGGCGGAAGCCAUCACCAACGCAGUCAUCAUCCAGCCUCACACGGAAUCCGUACAUCGCACCCGACCGUUCCGUCUACUCCGCAUCAUCUCAUCUCACAUCAUCUAGCCCAGCAUCUCUCAAAACCGUCCAAGCCUUCACGUUGAGCCGCCAAAUCUAUAUCUACUCCGCCCUCCUAUCUAUCACAACCAACCGCCCACCAUGCCGAACCCCUCGCAGCUCCUCCUCCUAGCCGACCACAUCAAGCUCUCGCUCCUGGAGCGUCAACGCGCGAUCUCACUCAGCCUGGAGCCCAACAGCCAAGACGGGGAGAUCUCACGCUCACUAGACUCGCUCAAAGAAGGCAUCGAAGGCAUCGAAGCAGACUGCGCACGACUGGAAGCGCAGAAAGGCGCCAACGACGAAGACGCCACGGACCUCCGCGACCAGCUCACCCACCUCCACUCACAAUACGACGACCUCUCCGCGCAAUUCCACACCAUCACGGCGGCAAUCGCCACGGCAGCCUCGCCUUCUUCUUCCUCAUCCCCAGAUCUCAAACAACCAGUCCCACAGCACCCAUCCUCGAAAUCCGUGCGCUUCAUGGACGCCGCGGCGGCGGCCGAAGCAGACGAAGACGAAGCACACCGCCGUAACCUCUUCCGACCAUACCGCGACUCGCCUUCCCCCCCACCCAACACUGCCACCAACAACAUGGACGACUCCUCAAACGAGCAGAUCUACGACCACCACGAGCAGGUGCUGCGCGACCAGGACGAGCAGCUGGACCGACUAGGCGAGUCGAUCGGCCGGCAGCACCAGCUGAGUAUCCAGAUCGGUGACGAGCUGGAGGGUCAUGUGGCGUUGCUGGACGAUCUGGACGGCCAUGUGGAUCGGCACCAGGGUCGGCUGGAUAAGGCGCGCAACCGCCUGGAUCGGUUCCGCCGCAGUGCCGGCGAGAAUUGGAGUAUGAUGACUAUUGUCGGGUUGAUUAUUACACUGGUGAUUUUGAUUGUGCUUCUGAAGUGAACCUUGAGGCGGUUUUUCUCGGGUAUAUACAUAGGGGUUCGGUUCGGGUUGUGUAGGGGGAUGUGGGUGUGAAUCCCAAUGCUGGGGGCGAAUCAGGGCGUUCUUGUGAUGUUUUUAAUGUGUGCUUUCUGUCUUGUCUCAAUUACCCUCUCGCGCCUCCUUGUGGUUUCUCUUGCAGUUUAUAUAUCGAUGGACGACACCUAAUUCUUUAUUUCUGAUGGGUCUGUGGGCGUUAAUGGUAUACAUACUACAU